AUGAUGAAUUCGACGGAGGCGUUAUCAAAUUACACUAAUUUAUCUUUAUCGAUUGCCGUGUGGAAUUUGCCAUUAUACGCGGUCAUAUUGAGUGUUAUCUAUCUGGCGCUUGAUGUUGUGUUUGGAUUGUUUACAAACAUACUUUUGAUUAUGAUUAUUUAUAAUUCUCCAAGCCUUCGUACACCACCUAACAGUCAUUUAGUAAACAUUAGCAUCAACAAUAUAUUGUUAUGUGUGUGUAUUUUGCUUUCGUUGACCACAGUGAGUGCACGACCUGAUGGUUUAAUGAAUGAUCGAAUACUGACCGGUGUCCAGCUUUUCUUGACGUCCGUCUGUUCAAUGCAAUACCUAUGUACGUUCGCAUCAAUUGGAUUUUACAGAAAUCGUACUAUGCAGAAGCCAUCACUAACCUUGAAGGUAAGGAGAACAAUUGUAUCAAGGUCAAUUGUCAUUAGCCUCCUAAUCACUUAUCUACUGGGCUUUGUAUUUACGCUUGCUUUCUUACGUGAUGACGAUAAGGUUGAUUUCACGUUAAAUCCCUUCCAGAGAAGGUUCGAGGUUAACACCGAUCCCACUUCAGUACAUUUGACUGCAGACCAGUUUUGCGCUCUUGGGUUCAUAAGUGUUGUUUAUACCGUAGGACUGAUGAUCAUCUUUCGAUGUUAUUACAAUAUUUGUCGUACACUCAACAUCAGUGGUACGAUUGGAAGAAAUAGAAUUUUACCCAUUAACAGAACCUUUAGUUUAUCAUCUGAUGCCACUGGCGAUUGUAACAUACAUACCCGGACCGCAUAUGCACCGGAGGAUUCGGACCAUUUUUCAAGACCGUAUUCAAUAUCAAAUGGAGAAGUAGACAGUUCUGUAGUGGUUCAUUACAAACGGAAUGAACAUAUAUUGGCGUUUGAAGAUAUUUUUGCUUUGGAAAACCCUAUUCUUGCAUCGAAUCUGAGAAACCAAUUAAAUCAAAAGUUUCCUCUUGGUAAAACUUUAAGCAACAGUAGUACACAUUCUACAAGGCCAAGGUGUCCCAAUUUUGCUGACAUCUCCCCCGCCGCUGAUCUACAACGUUUUCAAACCAUUAAAAAUAAUUCUGCACUAAAGAAGCAAUCUUUAAAACGGGACAGGAUCAGCCUCAGCAGCGCUACAAAGAACAGUAUCGUCAUGUUAACGGCUUAUAUCAGUUGUACGUUUCCUAUGCUCUUCUGUAGUAUACCCGGCAUUCUAGACGGCAUGGGAACCAAUCGUGUUAUUCUGUUGUUGUUUUUUAGAUUGUUAUUUUAUCUGAAUGUUUGUAUCUAUCCAUUCUGGUAUUUGUUAUUUAGUAAACGUGUUAGAAAGUGUAUGUUUCGUCUCUUUGAAAAUAUGCUUAUUUGUCUUAAAGUGAGACGUUAG